CUCCUCCGUCGCCCACAGUUUCCUCUUCCCCUCUCACUCUCCGCUCUUCUCUUCGCCCAAAAUUUUGACAGUCAGCACGCACAAAUAACAAAACAAUAGUUUGUUUCUCAACCAUUAUUACCCGCCAAAACGGUCCUUCUCCAAUCCACCACACCUAACGUCUCGAUUUUUCAAAACUCCCACGCCUUCCUUCUUCCCGCUAGGGUUCUCUGAACGAUGUCCUCUCUUUGCAGGUAGGUCUCCCCUGGCGAAACGGUACGGCGCCGGGUUUGCCGAAUGAAUCGGGAGGGGAAUGGCGAGGCUGCUGCUCUUCCGGAGCCGAAGCUAGAUGCCGGCGGAGAAGCUGAUUCGGUUGCGGAGAAGAUGCAGCCGACUGCGACUGAGGUGGAGAAUGAGGAUGUUGGUAGGGAUACGAAGAGGCUGAAGAAGAAUUCGGCAGGGGAGAUGCGGCAGGUGGCUGAGAUGCUGCUGGUGUUGUCCGCCAUGGGGCAGAUGAGAGGAGGGAGGGAUCCUACUGAGGCCGAGGAGAAGCUGAUGGUUGAAGCGAAGGAUAAAUUGGCGGAGAUCUGUCAGCGUUUUGCGCCUAAGGAGUUGGUGGCUGGAGAUGCAGUUGGGAAGGUUAUCGAGGAUUUGGGGCUCAAUUGGAAGCUCAAUGACCAGCGGUUAGGAUUUCGUGGAUCCAGGAUGUCGAUUAAGGAGAAGGUUGCCCACGCAAAGCGAAAGAUGGAAGAGCCCAAGAAGGUCACUCCACAUGCAUCUCAGACAUCACAUCCUAGCUUUGCGGUUAUAGCUGAAGGUCGUGUUCCGACGCACACUAUUCGGCCUCUUCCGUUAGAGAAACCAACUCAUGCGCCUUUACUUUCUGGAACUGCGCCAGUUCAUCAUCCUCCUUUCACUCAUGUUUCUGCAACAGCAGCUUAUCUGCAGGCUUCCAAUGCGGAGGCAAAAGGAGCUGCAGCAUCUGGGCGGUUACCUAUUAAUCAUUUGGGGAGCUCAUCUGUAGUAGCAGCACCCAGAGGGCAGUUCAUUAAGGUUGAAGGAGGACCAAAUGCGAACACGUACACGCUAAAUCGUAAUUCUCCAACCCUUUUGGUGGCUGUUUGCAAUGGAAAUUCUCCAGCAAUGUGUUAGCAUUUUGAGAAUUGGAGGUGCUUGAAGUUUUUACUCUUUUUUAGGUUUGGAACUGAAUCACUAUUUUCAAAUUCCUUUUUUGCAGCAAAUGCUCCUUUACACCAUCCUGCGGGGAAUGCUCCAAUUUGGUCUGUACAACCCAGUUCCUUCCCCUCUAAGGUGGCGGCAGGGAGCAAGGUGCCAAAUCAUACUCCUGUGAAGGCUGAUGGGAUUGCUGGUUCAGGUGUACCACGGGCAGCUCUUCAAGGUUCUAGUCAAGCAUUCAGACCGCCAUUUACUCAAACAGCAGCAACAAGUAUGCCUAGCGUGCAUCAGCCUAUGCAAACUGUGAAGGCAGUUUACAGUAAUCACAGUGAGAUUGCCAAAGUUGUUCAGAAGUUGCUUCAACCGAAGCUUCCUGAACAUCCCACUUGGACUCCACCUUCAAGGGAGUACAUGAACAAGGCUUUGACUUGCCAAAGCUGCAACCUCACUAUCAAUGAGGUUGACAAUGUUAUUAUUUGUGAUGCUUGUGAGAAAGGAUUUCACCUAAAAUGUCUGGAAUCUGUACUCCAGAAAGCUGUUCCUAGAGCUGAGUGGCACUGCAUGAAAUGCACGUCAUUAAGCAAUGGGAAACCAUUUCCCCCUAAAUAUGGCCGUGUCAUGCGAAGCAUAACCCCUCCAAAGGGGCCUGCAAGUGCUACUCAGGUUGGAGCUCAGUCCUUGUCAGAUAAGAAACUAGUAAAUAUGGGUCAAAGGGGUGUUCAAGAUAAAAUGAGCUCUGUGUUAGAAAGUGUUACAGAAUCUGGCUCUGCUGGGUGCGUCAACCUUGUCUCUGGUACUAAGAUUGACAGUGAAAGGGGACUGCCAGGAAAUAGCAUCACUUCAAAAGGAAAAGAUACGGGCUUGAUGCCAUCUGCUGGAACUCUCCAAAAUGAAGCUGACCCAAGAAAACCUCCGGGGCAUGAUUUAGCUUCAGUUGCCUUGGCAGGUGAAACGUGCAGUCAACAAAUUCAAUCACCUGGAUCACCAAUACAUGAUAAGAGAUCCACUUCUGAACUAAAGCUGGAUCCUCCUGCUUUUCUUUCCAGCCACAUUCAUGAUACUUAUGAAGCCAAAUCCCAGCACAAUGUGCAAGAUGUUGCCGAAACAGGAGCUGUAAACACUGCUAAAGAUCUUUUAGUUACUCGCCAAGUGGGCACUAAUGCUGAAGAAACAAAGAUUACAUAUGCUUCAGGAUAUGAUGUCAAACAAAUUGAGGAAGGUGAUUCUCAGACACCUUCUCAUUCACUAAAUGAUGACAAACAAAGUGAGGUUGAUGUUGCUCGCUUACCUGGUUCAAAACACGAUGUCAAGCAAAGUGGGCAAGCUGUUGAUCUUGCACCUUCUGCUUCAGAACAAAAGGUCAAGCAAGAUGAGCAACCUGUGCCUUUUGCUUCAGAACAAAAUGUGAAGCAAAGUGAGCUAGAUGUUGGCCAUGCACCUUCUGCUUCAGAACACAACAAUGAGCAAAAUCAGCCAGAUGUGGGAUAUGCACCUUCUCUUUCAGAACAAAAUGCUGCGCUAGGUGUGGGUCAUGUGCCUUCUGCUUUGGAACACAACGUCAAGCAAAGGGAGCAAGGUGUUGCUUGUGCAGAACACAAUUCUAAGCAAAGUGGGCAUGGUGUUGCUCAGGUUCCUUCUGCUUCAGAACACAACAUUAAGCAAACUGAGCAAGGUGUUUCCCCUGUGCCUGCUUCAGAACACAAUGCCGAGCGAAGUCAGCAAGGAGUUGAUCACGCACCUUCUUCAGAAGAAGAAAAUGGCAAGCAAAUUGAGCUAGGCGGUGUUCUUGCUCCUUCAGAACACAAUUUUCAGCAAAGUGAGCAAGGUGUUUCCACUUCAGAACAAAAUGUUGAGCAAACUGUGCAAGGUGUUGCUCAUGCAUCUUCCAUGGAACAGAAUGAGCAAGGUGUUGCUCAUGUCCCUUCCGCAGAACAGAAUGUUGAGCAAGGUGUUGCUCAUGCCCCUUCUGCAGAACAUAAUGUUGAGCAAACUGAGCAAGUUGUUGCUCAUGCCCAUUCGGGUUCAGAACACAAUGUUGACCAAAGUGAGCAAGGUGUUGCUCAUGUACCUUCUGCUUCUCAACACAAUUUUGAGCUGCAAAGUGAGCCAGCUGUUGCCCAUGCACAUCCCGGUAAUAGCACUAAUGGUUCCAGUAUGACCGUGCAAUUGUCUGCUGAGGUGCUUCAAACUGUGGAGUGGGUUGGUUCUACCCUUAAUGUUUUUGAUGACAAAGCAUUCUACGAGUCUUGUUGCAUUGGAGGAGUGGUGUACAAAGUGCUGGAUCAUGCCCUUUUCCAUUCUAGUCAUGGCAGAUUGAUGCCUUCUAAGCUUCAGGUAACAUUUAACCUGAGAUUUCAGUCAAUGUGGGAGGAUAUGAAGACUGGGUCGAAGUGGAUUAGAAUCAGUACGUGCUAUUCGCGGGAGGACUUACCUGAGGGCGUAGGCCAGCCAUUUUCUCCCGAAAGUAAUGAGGUUUAUGAUUCCAACCAUGAGAUUAGUGUGAUGGCUGGGUUGAUUCAAGGCUCAUGUAAAGUUCUGCCUCCUGUCGCCUAUAAAGAAGAGAGUGAAAGAAGGAGCCAAUUGGCAGCAGAGAUAAAUAACAAAUCAGAACCAGUUUUCCUAUGCAAGGGCCUGUGGUUCCGGUCGCAGUAUGAAUCAGGAUAUGUAUCUAAAUUGAUUAUUUUUGUGGGUGAUAUAGGUGGUUUUUUGAUAAACUCAGAGGAAGCUUUCAACCUGUUUUCAGUUAAGCGGUCUUUGUAUGCUUUUGAAGUGUUCUUCCAGCAGUCUCAGACAGCCUACAUCAAUUAGGGCCAUUGACUUGAGAGACAUAGUUGGCAGUGGUCGUCUCUUGUACAUAUUGCAAUGUAGUUUUUUCCUUGCCCCGGUUAGUCGAAUUCUUUUCUGCGAAUCAGCAGCAACUUCCAAGUAAAUCUUAUAAUUAUCAUAGGAGGGGUAGUGACAUAAAAUGUACAUUCUAAUUAAAGUUGUGUUUGCUUCUGCUUUUCCCCAUUGAUACUAGAUGGUUUUAAACUAGCUCGUGGUGCGUUUCAUUGAGGGAUGAACACUCCUUGAGUCUUUACGAUGUUGCAAGAGUAGUGUUGAUGAAUCUAGGUCCCUCGGUGUAACCCUGUAGUUUACGUUGUUGAUUGAGUUGGGUGUUCAGCGAUCCAAAAACUGUUGCCUCCUCCAUGAUUAUGAAUCACUAAUAUACCCAUUAAUCCAAUUGCGGAAGCUCGUGCUUAUGCGAAGAGCAAAUGUAUGAUUCUAAGUUCUAACCGAAUCGAGAGUUGAGAACAAAUGGUUGCC